GCUGAUCUGGUACUUGGGGUCACAUAUUGGCCUUGCCAACGAGCAUUUCGCCAAAUAGACUACUGGGCUCGCUCGAUCCAAGGCGUUUCUGAUCCAGGGCGGUUCCCAGAAUCUCUGGGUGCACUGCUCGACCCCUUCACAGGCAUCCCGAUCAUCCUGGUCCCACCAGGGCCAGAAACGGGGCGAUCGAACUCGCCGAUGAUAUGCCUUCCUUUUCUUUCCAGCCAGAGGCAUCUGUGUUUCGACAGCAGACGCUGCUUCUCUCGUCUGCAACCGACUCCAGAACGACUCUGCAGGUGCUUCCGACAUGCACGAGAAACCAGAGGUGCUCCACAUCGUCACGACCGAUAUCCAUGUCGACGAUGACAAUCGGGGUGAACGACAGCCACACACGAUGCACACGCCCGUCACGGUGGGCGAUCCGCUCAGAGAAGACUAUGCCUUCUACUCAAAUCCCGUUUCGAUCGCCGCGUCGACGCUGUCGCUUCAGCCCCGCAAGACCGUGCUCGAUGAGCUUGGCGAUCUCAUCGUGCGGGACGCCAAGGGCGACCCUCUUGGACCCAUUUUGAAUGCACCGAAGCUCCGGCAGCAGUACCGAGACAAACGUCUGAGCAAGCCGUACUUCACCAUUGGCAUGUCCGUGGUGCAGCUGGCUCUUCUUAUUGUGAGCUUUGUGCUCAAUUAUAUAGCAACGCAGAGCCCCAUUGAGCUCAAUCCAUUCAACCCCAUGAUCGGCCCGACGGACGGGAUCCUCAUGCUCAUGGGGGCACGUUAUGUGCCCUGCAUGCGUGCCACCCGCUACUACGACAGCACCUCCGGCACAACCAUCGACUUGACGACACCGGGCCUCACUGUCGCCUGUCCGAGCGGAAUCAGCCCGCAGAACGCAACUCUCUACAAUGGCCUGUGCACCUUUACGGACCUCUGCGGAUUCAACGGCGCUCUGCCCCACAAUCAGUUCUUCCGUUUCCUGACCCCGAUCUUCCUGCACGGCGGGAUCCUGCAUUUUCUCAUGAACAUGAUGUUCCAGCUCCGAACGGGGCUGCAAAUGGAGCGCGAUUUCGGGAGUCUGCGAUACUCUAUCAUCUACUUGAUCAGCGGCAUCGGAGGCUUUGCCUUUGGUGGCAAUUUUAGCGGCUUUGUGCCCAGCGUGGGCUGCUCCGGGUCGCUCUACGGACUGAUGGCCUGUCUGGUGCUCGAUCUGGCUCAGCACUGGAAAAUUGUCCAGAAUCCAUGGUGGGAACUUCUCAAGAUGAUUUUCCAGAUUCUGGUCUCGUUCAUGCUUGGAAUGCUUCCAUACAUCGACAACUUCGCACACAUCGGUGGCUUUAUCUUUGGGAUCCUGGCCGGACUGGUCUUUCUUCCGAUCCAAGGAUACACCAGCAGCGACCUCCGUAAGAAGAAGCUCACUCGACUUGUCGCCAUCCCUGUGCUGAUCGUCGUCUUGGUGCUGGUGUUCCAGUUCUUUUAUCAAGGCACGGCGUCCGAGUGCGGCUGGUGCGAAUACCUCAACUGCAUUCCAGGCAUGCCGUGGUGCUCAUCCAAAUGGGGCACUUCGAUGAUGCUGCAAUAGAUCCUCGGCUUGGAUAAAGUACAGGCCACUUUGAACAGAG